AUGACUUCAACAGUUAAUAUUAAAUCAACAGAUAAAGUAUGGUAUAUCACUGGUGCAUCGAAAGGUAUGGGUUUGUUAUUCGUUCAACGAUUGUUGGCCUAUGGAUUCAAGGUUGUUGGAACAUCAAGAGAUAAACAACAAUUGAUUGAUGCCGUCGGUUCUGUUGGUAAUGCCGAUAAUUUCUUGGCCAUCAAAGUUGAGUUGGCCAAUGAGGAGAGUGUUAGAGCAUCGCUCGAACAGACACUUUCAAAGUUUGGAAGAAUCGAUGUCGUUGUCAAUAAUGCCGGUUAUUCAACCAACGGAGCACUCGAAGAGAAUACCGAUGCCGACGUACGCAAGAACUUUGAUAUCAACGUAUUCGGUGUAUUCAACGUGCUUCGUAAUGUAACACCGAUCCUCAGAAAACAAGGUGGUGGAUUCGUCUUUAAUAUCUCCUCGGUUGCUUCUAUCGUAGGUUUCUCUGGUCACUCUGCGUACAACGCUACGAAAUUCGCAGUCGACGGUCUCACUGAAGCAUAUGCCAUGGAGGUCAAACCAUUUGGAAUCAAAGCAAUGACAAUCAAUCCAGGCUAUUUCAAAUCUGAAUUCCUUACUGCUGGUUCAUAUCAAAGUGUACAGAAUAGAAUCGAUGCUUAUUCAGCUGUACAUGGAUUGAUUGAUACACAUACUUCUCAAGUCAGUGGAAAUCAAAGAGGUGACCCAGUUAAACUUUUGGACAUUAUCAUUAGAGCGGUCGAAGAGAACGAUGAUACUACCAGCCAUAUCUUUGUUGGUGCAGAUGCAUACCCAUAUGUAAAAAGCAAGUUACAGAAAUACAACCAAGAUCUAGAUAAAUGGGAACAAUAUGCCACAAAAACAGAUCGUGAUGAUUAUGUUGAGCCAAAACAACAACAAUAA